GAUUAAGUGACUUGCCCAGGAUCACAUAGCUAGGAAGUAUCUGAGAUCAGAUUUGAGAUCUCCUGUCUCCAGCCACUUCACUGCCCCUUUUUCUUGAUUUUUUUUUAAGGGAAGAGGACAGUAUCUUUAAAAUAAUUGGUUGUUGAACUUGACACGAUUGCUGGUAAAAUCCUAGACUGAAUUAUGCACUACUCAAGGCACCUCACUCUACUUUCGGGGCAGCCAUCCCUGUGGUUAGAAAGUUUUUCCUGAUAUCUGGCCCCCAACAGGCCUCUUAACAACUUCUCUUCUCUAUUGUUCCUGAUUUGACCUCCUGAGGACGAAGGGAACAAGUCUAAUAAUGCUUCUUCCCCGGAUGCUUAGACACAGUUCUCUUUCCCCCGGCUCACCCAGUUUCCCCAAUUGUACUUCCUGUGACACUUUCCAGCUUUUCAAUGUCUUUCAUAAACUGCCAUGCCAUCUUCUUUGGAACUCGCCAUCUAGGAAGAGCAGAAAAUGAAUACUGCUAUCGAGAGAGGGGUAGGCAGGACUCUGCCUUCAGUGGCCACAAGGACCAGGGAAAAUGCCCCGCUGGAAAUGGACUUUGACAGCCAGAGAGGAUUCUCAGGGCGAAUAGCUGCCUCCUUGCCUGACCACCAUGCGUUGGCCGAAGCAUGGAGGACUAAGACAAAACUGGCUUCAGUUUUACAGAGAGGAUCCCCCGAUGCAGAGGCAUUUCUGGAGGCAGUGAAGUCUUACAGGCAAGAGAAAGGCAGUUACGGAGUUGACCACCUCCUCUUGGGCACAGAUGCUGAGAUCCUCACCAACCUGCUGAUGCGGGAUCUGUUGCCGAGGCUCCGGGCCACCAAGCCAGCUGUGCUCAGGGGUGUGGGGAGCAGGAGGAAGUGGGCCUGGAGGAAGUUCUUGGAUGACAUUUAUAUUCUAGUAUUAAAGCUGAUUUCCUCUGAGCUCCAGAAUUUUCAUCAAGGAAAGGAAGAAUCGCAGAAAGAAUUAGAGAAGAAAAUUCGUCCCGAGGUGGAUCAGAUGCUUGCAUUAAGCAAUCAGAUUGCUCAGAAACUUCAAUCAAUGGUAUGUGGCCCUGCUGAGUCCUUCCUCUGCCAGGAAGUGGAGCCACAACUGGUCUGGGUGUUGGAGGAGCUCCUGCGCCCUAUUAGUGAAGGGGUCGGCAUGAUUGGCACCCUUCUCAUCCAUCGAAUAGACCGUCUGCUCAGAAAUGUGCAGAGAAGCCGGGUCAUUGCUGUACUGAAAGAGGAGGUUUGCUCCUUGGGAGACGUGCCCUGGGACUUAGGGCUGAUGCAGCCAUGCUACCAGAAAGCAGAGCUCUACUGGCACAGUCUUCAGGGCUUGAAGGAAAGAUUUGGGUUUCACGGCACUAGAAACCUCGUCUUCAGUGCUCAGGAUCUCAUGCAGCAGCUGAUGGAAAAUGCCGUGUACACCUUCCAGCAGCUUUCAGAGAAGCACGUGUCCUCAGCCACUCGCCGGAGGCAAGUCAUCUGCCUGUUGGAGAAGGUCAAGGGCCGCGUGCUGAAAAAAUUGGAGUCUGACAGCAGAUUUGCUCGGAAGCAUUUUAUUCAAGAAUGGCUCGUCCAGAUUUUCCUUCCGUACCUGCUGAGUAGGCUGGAGGUGGGCUGCAAACGGGAGUUGCAUGAAUAUGAGAAUUAUGUAUUUGCAGACUAUAGCCAUAUCAUCACCAUUGAGAACAUUUAUGAAGAUGUAGUCCUGAGUUUCCUGACCCAGAAAGUGAACACAGGAAUGGAUUCAGUAGCUGAACUAAGGGGCUUCCAACUUGGGGAGAAAAAAGAUGGGAUGGCAGAGACUUGUACCCAUGCUACACUUUCCACCUGGGAUCUAGAGAGCAUUCCGUCUCCCUUGCAGUGGGACUCAGACCCCUGCCAAGAUCUCCUCCAAGAUUCUCAUUGUGAAGGGGGUCAGGAAGAAACAGAGAGAAGGAAUAGCGAUAUUUUCUCUACUCAGUGGCCACCUGAAUUGCUUGACAAAGACCCAGAUGAGACCAAAAGAACUGUCCUUUCGAAGGGGUUGACUUUAGCCAUGGACACGGAAGCCUUCCAGACAGAACUGCUGGAAAUGGACUUAAGAGGGAAUGGCAGCUUCAAUGAAUGGGGCAAGCCUGAAGAGUCUCUGAAAUCCCGAUGUCCAGAACAAGAGCCAAUAGGGAGCAACAUCCAGGCAGGUGGCAUACAAGCACAGCUGAUGGCAGAUGGAAUCUACUCCAAUGUUGCUGUGAAGUCUUUACAUGGAAGACAAGGGAAAGGGAUGGAAACACUUGAAGGGAAAGUAUUGUGAGAAGGGGACACAUUGUCCAUCCUGGAGAAAAAGUGGCCAGCCUUUGGGCUAUGGGAGUCAGGAGACAUCUGUUCUGAAGACCAAAGUUUAGAGCAGCUUCCCGGAGGCUCAGGGACAAAAAUAAUUUUUUUAUACAUCAAGAGAAAUGUUAUAGUGAUUAAAAAAAAGGUGAAUAGUGAUAAAGGCUUGAGAAAAUAAACACAGAAUAAGAAUAAGAA